AUGUCCAGUUCCUCAGCUAGCUCCAGGCCGGAGAAGACCAUGUCUUCGCGUCUGUUGACGAUGAAAUUCAUGCAACGAGCUGCUGCUACAAAUGCCUCCAAAGAGUCCUCCAAGUUACUGUCAACUGGUGACUCCCACAUUCCUUCCCCCAAGCGCCAACGGGUAUCUACAGAAGAUCCAUCUAGCACACCUCCCUUGUCAGACCUCGAAGCAAUUUCUGCCGCAGUUGCUGCUGAAGAGGAUAAACGAAGAGAAGCCCUUGCGCGUCAAGCAGCCGAAGCCGGCGAGUCGGAAUGGGUGCUUGAUUUUUCAGGCGCCGCCGCAGAGACAGCUGAUAACUAUCCACCGCCGCCUUUUGUCGUUUCUGCUGGAUCGCUUGAUGAUGGUGACGAAUUGCUCAAUGGUGGUCGGCAAUCCUACGGGAAUUUCAAGAAAAAGAAGAAGGCAAAUGCAUGGAUUGAUAAUAUCAAUGAUGAUGGAUCACCCGAGGACUCUCAUGCAGAUGAGUUGAUUAAUGAGGCUAAAGCCCAGGCGAAGAAGCAGAAGUCACAAGUCGAUCUGCGUGGGCUGUCCAGUAUAUCUGGUUCUGGUCAUCACGGUCCUCCGCCGUCUAAAAAGUCACAGAAGAAGCGCAAGCACCGAUAA